GACUGGAACCCCCAGAAUGAUGUCCAAGCACAAGCACGAUGUCAUAGGAUUGGGCAAACGAAAGACGUUCGUAUCUAUCGCCUAGUAACUAGCAGAAGUUUUGAGCAAGAGAUGUUCGAUCGCGCCAGCAGAAAGCUUGGGUUGGAACAAGCU